AUGUGCCUGUUAAUAAGAUUAGUAAUUAAAAAACCUAAUAGGAAUUGGCAAGCAUAGCUCCUCCGCCUUUCCCUCCCCUCCAAGCCGGGCUGGCGUGGAGUCUGAGGCAGGGCUGGCAGAGUACCUGAAGGAGUGAAGGCAGGAAGGCUGCUGAAACCUCUGCCUGCAAGUCAGCAAUGGAGAAAUCCCGGCCACUAUGGGACAAUCCCCUGCAGUUUGUUUUCGCCUGCAUUUCCUAUGCUGUGGGGCUGGGAAAUGUGUGGAGGUUUCCAUACUUAUGUCAGAUGUAUGGAGGAGGCGGCUUUUUGAUCCCAUAUUUUAUCAUGCUGAUCGCCGAGGGGAUGCCGCUGCUCUACCUGGAGCUGGCUGUGGGGCAGCGCAUGCGUCAGGGCAGCAUCGGUGCCUGGAAAAUAAUAAGUCCCUACCUCUGCGGUGUCGGCGUCGCCAGCGUCAUUGUCUCCUUCUUCCUCUCCAUGUACUACAACGUGAUAAACGCCUGGGCCUUCUGGUACCUCUUCCACUCCUUCCAGGACCCCCUGCCGUGGGCCACCUGCCCCCUGAACAGCAACCGCACCGGCUACGAGGAGGAGUGUGAGAAGACGUCGUCCACCCCGUACUUCCCCUCCUUCCUCCAGGUGGUCUAUGUAACAGCCUCUUUGCCAUACUGUGUUCUCAUCAUAUACCUCAUCAGAGGAUUAACACUUCAUGGAGCUGUGAACGGGCUCGUCUACAUGUUCACGCCAAAGCUGGAGCAGCUGUCGAACCCCAAGACGUGGAUCAGCGCCGCCACACAGAUCUUCUUCUCUCUGGGCCUGGGCUUUGGCAGCCUCAUCGCAUUCGCCAGCUACAACGAGCCCAGCAACAACUGCGAGAGGCACGCCGUCAUCGUCUCACUGAUCAACAGCACCACGUCUAUAUUUGCCAGCAUCGUGACUUUCUCCAUCUACGGCUUCAAGGCGACAUUUAACUACGAAAGCUGUAUAAACAAGGUGAUCCUGCUGCUGAUGAACGCUUUCGACCUGGAGGAAGGCUCUUUAACAGCAGACAACCUCAAUGAGAUGAAAGACUACCUCAUGGCCACCCACCCGCAAGAAUACACACAAUUAUUGCCUCAGCUUAAAAACUGCAGCUUGGAAGCUGAACUAGAUACGGCUGUCCAGGGGACGGGACUGGCAUUUAUAGUCUAUUCUGAAGCAAUCAAAAACAUGGAGGUGCCCCAGCUGUACUCUGUGCUCUACUUUGUCAUGCUGCUGAUGCUGGGCAUCGGCAGCAUGCUGGGAAACACCGCCGCUAUCCUCACGCCGCUGACCGACAGCAGGGUCAUUGCUGCGCAUUUCCCCAAGGAGGUGAUCUCAGGUGCUGUGUGUUUCAUUAACUGCAUGAUUGGCCUAAUCUUCACCAUGGAGGCUGGAAAUUAUUGGUUUGACAUAUUCAAUGACUAUGCAGCCACCCUCUCACUGCUGCUCAUCGUGCUGGUAGAAACCAUUGCUGUGUGUUAUAUCUACGGGAUAAGAAGAUUUGAGAAAGAUCUUCACACCAUGAUUGGACGCAAGCCAAACUGGUAUUGGAAAAUUAUGUGGGCUUUUGCUAGUCCUUUGCUAAUUAUAAGCCUAUUUAUAUUUUACCUCACCGACUAUAUCCUCACAGGAACGCUGCAAUACCAAGCGUGGGAUGCCACACAGGGGCAGCUGGUGACAAAGGAUUACCCAGGCUACGCCCUAGCGGUGAUCGGGCUGCUGGUGGCGGCGUCCACCAUGUGCAUACCCCUGGGGGCACUAGUAACUUUUGUAAGGAAGAGACUGAAGAGGGAAAGCGUUUCAACCGUUGCAUGA